UUAGAAAAAUAUAGUCAAUCUUUAGAAUUAUCAAAUUUUCAGAAGAAUGGGGAAGGAAAAGCGGAGAAGAUCCAGUUCUUCCAGCCCGGCUAAAAAACGUGACAAAUCCCGAGAGCGUAAAAGAUCAAAGUCCCGAGAUAGAAAGAAGGAAAAGAAGGAGAAGAAAGAGAAAAAGGAGAGAAGCAGAAGUAGAGAGAGACGAAGAUCAAGAGACAGAAAAAAGUCCCGACGAUCCCGAUCUCGUGAGACGAAGUCCCGAGGGCGGGAUAGUCAAGAGAUCGACGAUAAGGCGUAUUCAUCACACAACAAGUUGGAUAAGGACAGUGAGCAGGCCAGGCUUGAGAAUGAGAUGCAGAGAAGGAGAGAAAGAAUAGAAAAGUGGAGAGCGGAGAAAAAAAAGGGAAAGGAACCUGCAGUUGUGGAAGUGAAAGCUGAAGAAGAACCAGAAAAGGUGAAGAAGUGGAGUUUAGAAGAUGAGGAUUCAGAGGAGGAAGAAACUGUUGUUAAAAAGGAAGAGGAAAUCGUGGAUAAGAAACCGGAAGUGAAGGAAGAGGAUGAUGUGGAUCCGCUUGAUGCGUUUAUGACUGAUAUCAGUAAGGAGGUUCGGAAGAUGAAGGGAGCCAUGUUUAAGAAUGCUAAGGGGGUUGUCACUAAGAGUAAAAAAGAGAUGAAGACUGAGGAGAACGGAGAUGCUGAGAAGAAGAAGGGGAUGGUGAUCAUGAUGGGGGUAGCAAAGAAGAAACCAGAUACUGUCAGCAAAAAACCAGAGGUGAUGGAACAAAAUGAAGAUGCUCUUGAGUAUAGUAGUGAAGACGAGAAAAAAGACAAUCUAGAGGAUAAUCUGAACAAACUAAAAGAGAAAGGAAAGAAGGUUGUGGCUAAGGUUGACCAUGGUGGAGUAGAAUAUCCAGCAUUUAGGAAGGAUUUCUAUAUUGAGGUACCUGAAUUGGCGAAGAUGACCGACCUAGAAGUUGAAGACUACAGAGCUGAGCUGGAAGGGAUUAAAGUGAAGGGGAAGAAUGUUCCUAAACCAAUCAAGAACUGGCCACAGUGCGGAGUCAGUUCAAAGAUUCUUCAGCUGCUUAAAAAACAUGGAUAUGAGAAACCAACUCCAAUUCAGGCGCAGGCCAUUCCAGUCUGUAUGAGUGGAAGAGAUAUGAUAGGGAUUGCUAAAACAGGAAGUGGAAAAACAUUAGCCUUCCUUCUUCCACUUUUCAGACAUAUAGCAGACCAGGAGGAAUUGGAGGAGGGGGACGGACCCAUUGCAAUCAUCAUGACACCAACCAGAGAACUUUGUCUUCAAAUAGGUAAAGAAUGUCGUAAGUUUGCUAAAUCUGUGAAUGCCCGAGCUGUAUGCGUCUACGGAGGGACAGGAAUCUCAGAACAGAUUGCAGAACUUAAACGAGGGGCUGAAAUUAUUGUUUGUACUCCUGGUAGAAUGAUUGAUAUGUUAGCGGCUAACUCGGGCAAGGUGACGAACUUGAAGAGGAUUACCUACCUGGUUCUGGACGAAGCAGACAGGAUGUUCGACAUGGGGUUCGAACCACAGGUGAUGCGUGUAUUGGAUAACUGUAGACCAGAUAGACAAACUGUUCUUUUCUCAGCAACCUUUCCCAGACAGAUGGAGGGGUUAGCUAGACGGAUUUUGAAAUCUCCUGUAGAGGUUCAGGUUGGAGGAAGAAGUGUGGUAGCAAAGGAGGUUGAGCAACACGUGGCGGUGUUGGAGGAGGACACUAAGUUCUUGAAGUUGCUGGAGGUGCUCGGGGAGUAUAGUGAUCAGGGGUCCAUCAUCAUAUUCGUAGACAAGCAGGAACAUGCAGACGGUCUGCUUAAGGUAGUUAUUAUAUUAGUAGACUUAAAUGGAGAAACCACAAUUGGAAUUAAUCAAAUCAACAGAGAUUCUACAAUCUCGAAUUUUAAACAGGGGCGCGUGCAGAUCCUGGUCGCUACGAGCGUGUGCGCGCGCGGCCUCGACGUGAAGAACCUAAUCCUGGUGGUUAACUACGACUGCCCGAACCAUUACGAGGAUUACGUGCACAGGGUUGGAAGGACCGGCAGGGCCGGUAUUAAAGGCUACAGUUGGACAUUUAUCACCCCAGAACAAGAUUGGUAUAGCGGGGACAUAAUGAGAGCUUUAGAACUUUCAGACGCAUUAGUACCACAGGAGUUGAGAGAUUUGUUUAAAGUGUACAAAGAUAGAAUGGAAAGUGAAGGGAAAAAGGUACGAACAGGAGGUGGGUUUGGUGGAACUGGGUUUAAGUUUGACGAAUCUGAAGCACAGUACACAACAGAGAAAAAGAAGUUUCAGAAAGCUGCUCUUGGUCUUCAGGAUUCUGAUGAUGAGGAUGUAGAGCAGGAAAUAGAUGCUCAGAUAGAACAGCUCCUCUCCGCUAAGAGAACAGUCAGAAAUAUUGAUGCUACGGCAGCAGCUAAUCUUAUUGGACCUGGAGCUAAGAAGCCUGGAGAGGGUGGAAGUGCCCAAGCAUCUGAUAAACUUGAGUUGGCCAAGAAGCUUGCCAGUAAAAUCAAAAUAAAGGACCCCAGAGACAAUACACAACAGGCAACUGAGGAUUUCUUGAACAAGGGCGAGGGAGGAAAUAAGAUAUCUGCUAAGUCUGUAGCGGAUCAUCUUGCCGCUAAACUAAAUGCUAAGUUAAAUUAUAUUCCUUCUGAUGAUAACCUGAAACCAGAAGAGGGAGGUGUUUUCCAGAAGUUUGAGGAGGAACUGGAGAUCAAUGAUUUCCCACAGCAAGCCAGAUGGAAGGUGACGAGUAAGGAAGCUCUGGCUCAGAUAGCUGAAUACUCAGAAGCUGGUCUCACAGUCAGAGGUACCUACUAUGCUCCUGGAAAGUCUCCGCCUGAAGGAGAGCGAAAACUCUUCUUGGCGAUAGAGUCAACCUCGGAGCUCGCGGUGCAGAAGGCGAAGGUGGAGAUCACACGACUUCUCAAGGAGGAGUUAAUGAGAUUAUCCGCCAGCUCUAUCCAACAUAUCAACAAGGGUAGAUACCAGGUUCUAUAGAGGUCAUGGAGAACAUUCUAUACAGUACAUGUGUACACAGACGGAAGUGUACACAGAGUUCACAGAGUACAAGGUUCCAGAUAAACACUCAUGGAGUACACAAAAGCUUCCAAAUCUGUCUGCUGGAAUUACAAGAAUUUUAGUAAAACCAGUUAUUUUUUUCUCUUUUUGUUCAAACUAGCUUAAUUUGGUUAGUUUCAAAUCCAACUACAUUUUAGUCAUUCUAGCCCCGAUCACGCUAUUCUGGCUCAAGCCACGCCAUUAUAUCCUCUAUACCUACCGAAUUAAGUUAUAUACCCAUUGUCGUCUUCAAUUUUAGAUACAAGAUUUCACUCUAUACCACUACAAUCCACCCAAGUCCUCCUGCCUGUAAAUUCCAGCUCCUAACAAUACAUUUUAAUUUUUUUAGUCUUUUUUCUCAUCUAGCAUCAUCCGAUUUUUCCCCACUGCCACCCAGUUUAGAUAAAUGAAUCCAAAUGGUAAACUGAAAUCUAUACAAAAACCUUGUCUCAAAUUUCACUGAUUUCACUGACUUAAUUUGUCACCGCAUUUCUAAAGAAGUUUUAUGGAGGUUAGAGAAAUUUAGAAAUGUUAAAACAUAAAAAGGCCGAAAAUUAUCCCUUUAAAAUAUGUAUUUAAUGAGACCUAAAGCUAAGCAGUAAGCAUUAAGCAUGUUAAAAAAAUUAAUAAAAAUGUGAAUUAUUCAUUUUUCUGAAAAAUAUAGAUUUGACACUU